AUGAAGAUUACAGAGAAAUUACAAAAACACCAUGAAAGUUCUCCAAAGGCAACUUUUUCAUUCGAAUACUUUGUGCCAAAGACGACACAAGGUGUGCAGAAUUUAUACGAUAGAAUGGAUAGAAUGUACCAGUCCUCUUUACCUCAAUUCAUCGACGUGACAUGGAAUGCAGGCGGUCAAACCAGCAAAUUAUCUCAAUCCUCAACAGAAUUGGUCUCGACGGCUCAAAGCGUCCUGGGUCUGGAGACCUGCUUGCAUUUGACUUGCACUAAUAUGCCGAUAUCCGAUAUCGAUAACGCGCUAAAGGAAGCAUAUGACAGUGGAUGUCAAAACAUUUUAGCAUUGAGAGGAGACCCGCCCAGUAACGAAUAUAAAUGGGAACCUUGUAAAGGUGGGUUCCAAUACGCUAAGGACCUCGUCGCUUAUAUUAGAGAAAAAUAUGAUAAUCAUUUCGAUAUUGGGGUGGCGGCAUACCCUGAGGGACACCCUGAAGAAAAGGACUCCAUCAAGAACUUGGACUAUUUAAAACAAAAGAUUGAUGCUGGUGCAAAUUUUAUUAUUACUCAGAUGUUUUAUGACGUGGAUAAUUUUAUUCAAUGGUGCCAUACUGUAAGACAAUUUGGGAUCGAAGUACCUAUCGUCCCCGGCAUUAUGCCUAUUACAACAUAUUCUGCUUUUGUAAGAAGAUGUCAAUGGGGGUCAAUCAGUAUUCCUUCGUCUUUCAUUGAAAGUUUAAACCCUAUUAAAGAUGAUGAUGAAUUGGUCAGAGCUAAAGGAACAGAGUUGGUCGUGGAAAUGUGUCAGAAAUUGUUAGAUAGUGGCUACAUUAACCAUUUACAUCUAUAUACUAUGAAUCUUGAGAAGGCUCCCUUGAUGAUCCUGGAACUAUUGGAUUUAUUACCAACAGAAACUGAAUUUAUUAAUGAUCCUGUGUCUGUCUUACCUUGGAGAAAAUCCUUAAAUCCACAGAGACGUAAUGAAGAAGUUAGACCAAUCUUCUGGCAAAGAAGACCUUACUCGUAUGUGGCAAGAACCUCGCAAUGGACAAUCGAUGAAUUUCCAAAUGGUAGAUUUGGUGAUUCUUCUUCUCCCGCAUUUGGUGACUUGGACCUGGUAGGUUAUUCGUUAUUUAGACAAUCUCCACAGAAGGCCCUCCAAUUAUGGUCUACUCCGAAAACAAUGCUAGAUAUUAGUCAAUUGGUGAUUAAUUAUUUACAAGGGAAACUGGUAUGCUUACCAUGGAGUGACACUCCAUUGAAUCACGAAGUCGAUACGUUAUUGACUCAUUUGAUUAUGAUGAAUAAGAACGGAAUCAUUACAAUCAAUUCGCAGCCCAGAAUUAAUGGAGAAAGAUCAAAUGAUAAGAUCCAUGGGUGGGGCCCGAAGGAUGGUUAUGUGUAUCAAAAACAAUAUCUGGAGUUUUUGUUACCAAGAGAAAGAUUGCCCAAAUUGAAAGAAGCUCUGAAGGAUAAUGAUAUCAUGACAUAUUUUGCCAUUGAUGUUCAGGAUAAACUUUCAACAAAUCAUCCAGAUGGGUCAAAGGCAAACGCUGUCACUUGGGGGAUCUUCCCAGGUAGAGAAGUUCUGCAACCAACAAUUGUCGAGAAGGUCUCAUUCUUGGCUUGGAAAGAAGAAUUUUAUAGAAUCCUGGAAGAUUGGAAAUCUAUCUUUAUUAAGGAUAACGAUAAUGAAAGUAUUCAAUUAUUGAAUUCUUUAAUUACGGAUUACGUCCUGGUGAAUAUUGUCGAUAAUGAUUUCGUCUCUACAGAAGAUCAAAUAUUCACACUAUUGAUGACAUUGUGA